CGGCCCUUUGUCUCUGAACCUCUAAAAUUAUUUAAAGUAUGGCGCCUCCCAAGGAUGACGACGACAUCGAGCUCGCCAGACUCCCGAAAGACGGUGACAAGCAAGACUAUGGCCGUGACGAAGAGGAGGAGAAUGAGUCCGACAAUGAACGUGACGAUGAGGGCAGUAGAGCUUUGUUGGGCGGUCAUUCGCCGCGAACGGGGCCCAUGAGCGGGCCUAGAGUCCAGCUAUGGCCACAAAUAAAGAACAUUGUCAUCGAGGGCGCUCCGACAUUACUGUUCACGACCAUCGGCUUGCUUUUCACAGGAGAAUUGCUAGACCAAGUCUCCCGGUGGAAAGCCAUGGUGGAGGUCGACCAACUCAUAAUGAUCAUCCCUGUCGUGCUCAACCUCAAAGGGAACCUUGAAAUGAAUCUCUCAGCUCGACUGGGCACCGCUGCAAACAUGGGCGAACUUGAUGACCAGUCUGUGCGACGGAAAAUGAUUAUUGGGAACCUUUCUCUUCUACAGGUUCAGGCCACGGUGGUUUCCUUCGUAGCCGCUUGUGUGUCCCUACUGUUGGGUCUGAUCGUACCCCGGACGACCGCCGAAGCCUCAGCCUCAUCAGAGGCAGUGAGUGCCUUUUUGCUACGUACCAGGCGUCUACGACCAACAUUGCCUCCAGUGACCGACCGAAAAUCCGGGCUACCAGUAUUUAUCAUGGUUGCUUCUACAGCCAUGUCCGCCGCCUGUCUAUCUAGCAUCAUCCUUGGUUCGUUCAUGUGCGGACUCAUUGUGUUAUGCCGACAUUAUGGGCGCGAUCCUGAUAACAUCGCUCCUCCAGUGGCUUCCUGUCUUGGAGACCUAGUUACUCUGGUCCUUAUAGGAGGAGUGUCCACGCUUCUCAUUCGUUUCCUCCACACACCCGUACCCUUGAUAAUAUGUGUCAUAGUCGUGCUUUCCGCGAUCUCAUGCGGCGUGUCGACGCGCCGAAAUUCCCACGUCCGAGACCUCAUAGGUCAAGGCUGGUCACCUCUCUUUGGGGCCAUGAUCAUCAGCAGUGCGACAGGCAUUGUCCUGGACCUCUUUGUGAGUAGGUACGAAGGCUUUGCUCUCCUUGCCGUCGUUAUCAGUGGUUUACCCGGUAGCGUGGGUUCAAUCUUUGUCUCCAGACUAUCAACAGCCCUGCAUGCGGCGGCUGCAUCAAUUACUCCCAGCAUCUUUGCAAACCGGCCGUCGGAACCCAGUGCUAGAAUGGUUAUGAUCACACUCAUACUCGUCACGAUUCCUGUGGAAAUCAUCUUUCUAUCUAUCCUUAGAUUACUGGGUUGGCUUACCCUCCCAUUCGUCUUUGUCGCGUUCUCGGUGGUAUUCUUCUGCUGCGCUGUCACAGCGUCGCUCUUCAUAGCUAGAGCUCUGACCAACUUUCUGUGGUCAAAAAAACUUGAUCCAGACAUGUAUGCACUACCCAUCCAUUCCGCUCUGAUGGAUUUGAUAGGCCAGUUACUUCUGGUCGUCUGUUUCGAGAUUGUAUCGCUAUUAGGCGUGCACGUUCGUUCCAAGGUACCAUCGGCAGAUUAAAUUUUCUAUCAGAAUGGGCCAGUCUUCGGCCUUAGACAAAUGUGCUUGUAGAUUUAAUCAUAUAUCACUAGUAGGGACUCGUGAUAUAAUUCAAGAUCUCAAUGGGAAUGAAGAGAACAAGCUUGAAUUCUUCAGGGCGCAGGGAAGGGUGAGGGAAGUUGGAAGGAAAGAGAACAGCGUGGGCAUGGUGGUAGUGGGGACAGAGAGAAAGAGAAGAAUAACCAUCUUUGCUAUAGUACUUCCA